AUGGCAUAUAAUUUCUUCAAAUUGCUUCUUUGUCUUACAGCUGUUGAAAGAAUUCAAGCAGUAGAGAAUAUAUGUCUAAUCACGUGUAAUGAUAAUUUCUAUGUAACUGAACAGUUAGAAUACAGGUUUGUGAAUAAUGGUGGCAAUAACGAUAAUGACGGUAAUAAAAAUAAUAAUGACAAUAAUUACUAG